AUGAUCUACACCAUCAUCCUCUUCAUCAUCGGCCUUUUCCUUGUCGCAGCUACUAUCGCCUACAUCUGCUAUUUAGGCUGGCAUUACUCCGGUGUUGCCCCUCCCCUUCAGCCCGAACACACUGCUGAGGCUGAGACUGAGACUGAGAUUAGGAUUGACAACGAAAGGCUCAGGACCUUGCCUACGCUCACCGACGUUGAAGCCAGGAGUCAAGAUCCGCGAGCAGUUGUUGCUAGUUGUUGCUCUAUUUGCCUUUUUGACUAUGAGGAGCAAGGGGAGGAUAAUGCAUUAAGGCUUCUGCCGGAGUGCGGCCAUUUAUUUCAUGCUGCAUGUGUGGAUCCGUGGCUAAGGCGGCGACAGACUUGUCCUUUGUGCAGGUCAUUGAUGGGAAAUGAGGCCAUGCAGACGCCUUCAGCCGAGAUGAUUCCAAUUCAAAUUGAAUAA